AUGAGGAAGCUUCAAAAUCUAUUUUUAUUGUUUCUAAUUUUUGCGCAUCCAAGCCAGGUAAUUUGCAGAUUCUCGCAAAAUUGAACCAAUUAUUAUCAUUAUUUUUAUUCAUUCAGAUUUUGGCGAAAGGAAAACGUCGAAAAUGUAGUAACGACUCACUAUCCGAGGGAGCUAUUAUGGCAAAAUUGAUGAAUAAUUAUACAAAAAUGUUGCCAGAUGCUGAAGAUAGUGUUAUGGUUAAUGUUGAAAUUCAUGUUCAGGUUAGCAAACAAGGGUCAAUCUUUUUUGAUUGUUCUUUCAAUUCAUUUCCCACAGUUAAUCCAUAAUCCAUAAUCUCUUUUUGCAAAAACACAAAAAAACUCAAGAUUAUUUUUCAGGACAUGGGAAGUUUGAAUGAGAUUUCAUCUGACUUCGAAAUUGAUAUUCUUUUCACUCAACUUUGGCAUGACCCAGCAUUAUCAUUUGCUGCAUAUCCAGCUUGUAAAAGAAAUAUCACAAUGGAACCUCGUCUUUUGCCACAAAUCUGGAGUCCAAACACUUGUAUGAUAAACUCUAAAAAGACACACGUACAUGCUUCUCCUUCGGAAAAUGUAAUGGUCAUUUUAUAUGAGGUUAGUUUAUGAAUUAUUCUACUUGUCGUUUCCUCUCACAUCAACAUAAUUAGUUCUAGUAAUUUGUUAAACUCGUUUUUUGUACUUUUGCUCAAUCUUGAUUUUUCAACAGAAUGGCACAGUUUGGGUGAAUCAUCGAUUAGCAGUAAAAGCUCCUUGUAAUCUCGAUCUUCGACAAUUCCCAUUUGAUGUUCAAACUUGUAUUCUGAUUUUCGAAUCCUACAGUCAUAAUUCAGAAGAAGUUGAACUACAUUGGAUGGAAGAAGCAGUCACUUUAAUGAAUCAGAUACAACUUCCUGAUUUUGAUAUGGUUGGAUUCAAUACAUCAAAAGCUAAUUUAUUAUAUCCAAAUGGUUUCUGGGAUCAAUUAACAGUGACAUUUACUUUUAAACGUCGCUAUGGAUUUUAUAUAAUUCAAGCUUAUGUUCCAACAUAUUUAACAAUUAUAGUAUCUUGGGUUUCAUUUUGUAUGGAACCAAAAGCAUUACCAGCUCGAACAACUGUUGGAAUAUCAUCACUUCUUGCAUUAACUUUCCAAUUUGGAAAUAUUCUUAAAAAUCUACCAAGAGUUUCAUAUGUGAAAGCAAUGGAUGUUUGGAUGCUUGGAUGUAUUAGUUUUGUAUUUGCAACAAUGAUUGAAUUAGCUUUUGUCUGUUAUAUUUCAAGAUGUCAAAAUAGUGUAAGAAAUGCUGAAAGAAGACGAGAAAGAAUGAGAAAUUCACAAGUGUGGGCAAAUGGUUCUUGUAGAACAACAAGGACUAAUGGAUAUGCUAAUGGAUCUGUUAUUUCACAUUACAAUCCAAUAAACAAUGGAAAUGGGAAUUUAAACGGGAAUGGCCAAUUACGUAAUGAAACACCAGUUGUCACACAUCGAAACAAUUCAUUUUCUCGACACAAUGGUCCACCAAGUCCACUCAAUCUUCAAAUGACAACAUUUGAUUCGGAAAUUCCAUUAACAUUUGAUCAGGUAAAUGAUUUAUGAUUCUUUAUUUCAAAAAAAAAGAUCUCAGUUGUGCUUGUGUUUCUAAUAUUUCUAACUUCUACAGCUACAAACAUCGGUCGAAUCAGAUAGACCACUAAUUGAUGAGGUAACAGUGUGUAUUUAUUAUCUCACCUUUUGUGUGCCAUUUUACCCACUCCCACGAUACACUUUUAGUUGACUGUAGAAUAAAACACAGGAGCACUUUCAAUUAUCUUUUCAGCUUCGUCCCGAAACACCAGAACCAAGAUCUGGAUGUAUGGCGAGAUUCCAUCCAGAAGCUAUCGAUAAAUUUUCAAUUGUAGCAUUUCCGUUGGCUUUUACAAUUUUUAAUGUGAGUUUUCUAUAUGAGUUAAGUUGUUGUGUUUCAAACUUUGAUCAAGUUCUAAAGUGUCUGGGGAUUUCAUUGUUCAUUCAACAAUGCAAACUAUUUUCCAAAAAAAAAAGGAUGUCAAAAGUACUCGACAACUGACAAAUCAAAUGUUUAGCUCUCAAAAAUAUCAACCAUAUUUUUGCAGCUUAUUUACUGGAACUACUACUUGUCACAAACGUUCGAUCAAACAUUCGAGCAAGUUUUCAAAAAAUAA